AUGUGUAAUGCAAUACUUGAAAUCUACAAAUUUGUUAUUUCAACUGCAACACCUAACUGGGUUGGUACUUUCAAUGUUGAUCGAACAUGUGAUCGUAAUAAAUGUUGCUGUUUUGAUGGUCAAAUCGUAAUAACAAGUAGAAAUCCAAAUACACUAACGUUGACUGCUGGUGUAACAGGUGCAGCUGCUUAUUGUGGAAUAAGCCAUACGUUAACUUUUCCCAAGCCAAUAGGAUUUCGUACAACAAUCACGUCGGAUGGUGAUAAAAUGCAUUUUCAUUUAAGUAAUGAUGGUACACACCUAUCAAUUGAUUAUGAACAGGAAGAUUUUAUGAGAUGUGCCGGAAAUGCUGUCAGAACUCAAGGAUAG